AUGAGGCAAAAAGGAGAGGAAUUGAGAAGUCCGCACCGAUUUAGCCAACAUUUACAAUUCUUUUUACAAGAGCAAAAACAACUUGGAGUGGGAUUUGCCGGAAUUUUUGAAAGAAAUGGAGAUGAAAAAAAAGUAGUUGGUAAUGGUGGAAAUUUGGAAUUAAAACCAGAAACCAAAGUUUAUUAUACUUCGUCGGGUGCGGAAGUAAAAAAUGAAGUUAAACAAAUUAAGCCGCUAAUCGAGCAGAUAGUAGGAGAAAAAGCAGCCAAAAAUAUUCAAAUAAUUGAGGGUCCAAAACAAACAAAUGGUUAUGAUUGUGGGGUUUAUCUGAUAAAAUACAUUGAGGAAUUGUUAAGAGUUGGCAGAUUAGAAUUAAAUAAAGUAGGUAAUUUUGCAGGCAAAGGAAUUACUAAUCAAGAUUCAGAUAAAUGGUGUAAAUGGGAUGCAAUUUCAGAGGGAGGUAUUAAAGGCGACGACCAAGCGGAAAGUGAAAAAGUUGACAGCCAAAAACGGGAGACCGAACAAAUAUCCACCGAUGCCGAGUGUAGCAAAACACAGUUAGUUUCUCCAACGAAAGAAAUAACCCCAACAGAAACUCAAAACGAAAAUGCUCUGACUGACGCCCAAAAAACUAUUGAGGAAUUAAAACGAGAUAAGGAAAAUAUUGAUACAGAAUUAGUAAAUGUUAAGCAGCAAUUACAAGAAGCCAACGAAAAAAUUAAGGCAAAAGAAAAUGAAUUAGAGGUAGUUAAUGAGGAUUUGAAAAGCGAGCAAUUAAAUACCGAGGAUAAAAAUAACGAAAUAGAGAGAUUAAACGGCCAAAUAACCGAAUUAAAUGCUAAAAUUACCGAAAAUAGUUUGGUAAUAGCCAAUUCAGUAAGCCAAGAGGAUUAUAACAAAGUAGUAGCAGAAAGGGACCGACGCCCGAACAUUAGCCAAGCCGAAUAUGAUAAAGUGAUAGCGGAAAGAGACGAAUAUAGCAAACGACCAACUCAGCAACAAUUAGAUAAGGCGGCGAAAAAUAUUGUAAAAGCGGGUGAAGUAAACGAAGCGGUCAGUGAUGCCCGCCGGCAAGAGACAGACAAAUACAAAGACCACAUCGACCCCAAUAAUUUUGCCGAAGUAGCCCGUCAAAAAGGAUAUAAAAGCAAGGACGAGGUGGACGCAGAAGUAGCCAACAAAGCAAAAGAGUAUGAAAAUUAUAUUCACCCUGAUAAUUUAGAGGAGGAAGCCAAAAAAGCCGGCUGGAAGUAUACGCAAAAAGAUUUAGAUGAGGCGGUAAAUGACGAAAAAGCCAAAUAUAAUGCCAAGGAUAAAGGUAUGGUGUCGGCGGAGGAUUACAAAAAGGCAGUAGAGGAACGAAAAAAUAUGCACACCGAAUUGACCGCUGAAAGGAACAGCCACGAGGAAACCAAAAAGCAAUUAGCCAAUGCCAACAAAAGAAAUAAUGAGUUGAAUUUGGAAAAUUUCAAUUUAGGACUUAAAAUAGCCGAAGUUGAUCGAAUUAAAGAGCAAAGUAAUCACGCCAAAACCCAAGAAACCUUAAAAACAGCCCAAGAGAGUUUAAACACUGCCAACCGGCAAGUAAACACCUUAACCGCGGAAAAGAAUACUCUUGCCGACAAUUUAAAAAAAGCCCAAGAAGAUUUAACCAACACCCAACGGCAAUUAGCCAACGAGCAACAGGCCAAAAAAGAUGUGGGGAGAGAACGGGAUACUUAUCGCACCAACUAUGUUGACGAACAAGCCGCCCACAAAGCCACUAGCGAGCAAUUAACCAGCGAGCAAAAACAACACGCCCAAACCAAAGAGCAUUUAAUUAACGCCCAAAAGGAACCAACCGCCAAGCAAUUGACCGAGAAAACUACCCAAGUUGAUAAUCUAAAUAAAGAAAAAGAGAAACUCCAAGACAAUUUAAAAAAGGCUGAAACAAAAAUAUUUUUAGCGAAUUUUGAGGCCCUAGAAGACCAAAAUAAAGAUCUUCAAGAAUACGUAUCCAUUACUCGUGCCUUGGAAGACAACCGAGAGGAACGGGUUGAUGAAUUGUUAAGCCACUCCCAAAAACGAAGUAAAAAAUAUAAAGAUAAAUCUGCCCUUUUCAAAUUCCUGGCGACCCGCUUCAUCAGAAAAAUUAAAGAGUUAAAAUUAGCAAAAGAAAGCUUGGAGCAAAAGUUAGACCAAGCCAAAAACCAGACCGACAAGGAUAAAUCUACCAUUGGCGAUUUAAAAAAGGCUAAUCUUAUUAAACAGAAAAAAAUUCAGAAAUACCAGAGAGUAUUAGGAAAUAAGAAAACUGAAUUAGAAAAGAAAAUAAAUGGUUUGGAGAAAGCAAACGCCGAUUUGGCAGAAAACCGAGAAGCCGCAGCCGAAGAGAUAAAAAUAUUGGAGUAUUUGCUACAAUUGGCCGAACAGAACAGAGGCAAAGACCAGGAUAAGGUAAAAGAAUUGAAAGACCAACUUUCAGAAUUAAAAACUGCUCUAAACGAACGACCAACGGCCGAACAGUUAGCCAUCCUCCAAACAAAAUAUCAGAAAAUUGUUGACAAAUUACAAGAAGUAAAUGAGAAAUUAAAAGAAGUCAACAGGAAUAAUUCUGCGGCCUCAGAGGAAAACAAAGAAUUAAUCAAAAACCUCGCCCGGCGGGAAAGAUUAAAUGAAAGACAAAACGCAACCAUAACGGAAUUGAAAAAUCAAUUAAAAGAGGUUAAAAAAGAAGCAACGAAAUCCGUCCAGGAAAUUAACAAAAUAGAAGCCAAAUUAGUAGCGGCUAAUAAAUUAUCCGAACAAGACAAAAAAACGAUCCAAGAAUUAAGAGAUAAGUAUAAUAAAUCAGAAGCCGAAGUGCAAAAGUCUGAAAGAGAAUACAAAAAUGAAUUAGCGAAAUUGAAACAACAAUUAGAGCAAGAAAAGAAAAACCGCGAUGCUACUGAAAAAAUAAUGAAAGACCGAGCCCAGGAUAAUGAUAAUUUACAGCAGCAAGUUUAUGAACUAGAAAGAAAGAACCGUAAAUCACAAAUCCAAACAAAUGCCAAAGAGAAAGAAUUGAGAGAAUUAGAACGGGCAGCAGAAUUGUUAUUGGAGGCUUUUCGGGCUGCCGAAGACCAGGCCAGGGAGGACAAAGACACUAUUAAGGAUUUAGAAAAUCAAAUAGCAAUUUUAGAAGCGUUUAAAGAAGCACAUAAAUCCAAACACGAUGAGCCGAAAAAAAGGAGAAUUAGUGAUGUUGAUGACCCAGCAAGAUUAAAAAGGAUAAUACAAGAAAUUGAGGUUUUAAACUCUCGUUUAAGUCAGGUUCAACGAAGAUUAGAAAAAGAGGAGCGAAAAAGUGCUUAUCAAAACCAGGAAUUAAAUAGCAAACGCCAAAAAUUAAAUCAGGCUUAUCAAAACGGGCAGCAAUUAACUCAGGCUCAAAAUACUAUCCAGCAGGCUCGAAUUCAUCUAGGGGUGAGCAAUUUAAAUAAUUUGCCAAAUAUGCCGCAAAAUAGGUCAUUAAGGCAAUUGAUUGCUGAUUUUAAUACUAGCCAAAAUGGCUGGCAUACUGAGAAAAGUCGGGCAGAUGCGGAAAAAUUGCGAGCCGAUAAUUAUGAAAGAGAUAUUUUGCAGGAAGAUAAUUAUCAGCAAGAACGAGACAAUUUACAAAAUAAAUUAGAUACUCACCAGCAGUGGUGUCAACAAAUUAAUUGCCAAGAACCAUGUUGCUUGGGUGAUUAUGAGCGAUUACAAAAGAAAUUAGCCAGACAGGAGAAAGAUAUUUUAGAGAAAAUUAAUAAUUCAUUAGAAUUAGGAAUAGAAGUUGAAGAAUUAACCAUUCAAAAAAUAAUUAGCCGAAUUGGGGAAUUAAUUAGAGGCCCAAAAACAACCAAUCAGCAAUUGCAAAAAGAGUUAGACCAGGCCCAAAAAGUUAUUAGAUUAUUACAAAAAGACAAGAAAGACCCUGAUUUUUCGGCUAUUCAACAAAAAGAAUAUCAAAAAAUACUCGCUUGGGCGAAAAAUGAGACCUAUCAGACUUGCGAGAAGUUAGACCUUAAUAUCCCGGUCGCAGCAAGAGAAAAAAUCAACCAAGCGACUACUUUGGUUGCCGUGGCCCGAGAAAGAAAUAAUCUAAUCCAAGCCAGAUUUGGAGAAAAUGUUGCUGAAUUAAAAAGAGUGGUUCGGCAAAAAGAAAAAAUGAGCCAAGAACAAAUCCAAGAAAGAUGA